AUGCCUGUCCCCGUCGAAGGGCCGCGUCCCAUGGCGACCCCCAAGACCUCCAAGAUUGCUAGUGGGUCUGCGGAGGAAGCCCCUCCGUCUGCGUCUCCAGCGCCAGACGCAAAAAUCCGCAAACUUCGAAAGCGGAAAGGAAAGGAACCCGAGGAUGUCGAUCCUCCGGCGGACAUCUCGCAGCCUGUGGAGGACAAGUCGUGGACAUGGAAGCCUUUGACGGAGUCCUCGGCGAGCAGAGUAGCACCGGUGUUUACGAAGGACGGGCGAUACUUUUUCUCGGUGGUAGAGUCCUCCGUCAAGAUAUACUCUGUUGCGACGGGUCGUGUGGUUUCCACCCUUGCGGCGCCCCCUCCCUCUGAAUCUGCAACGACGGGAGGCCCGUCGCGUCCUGCAGCUGUUACCGCGGCGAUCCUCAACCCCCAUAAUCCUUUCCAGCUUAUAACUGGCUCCGCAGAUGGACUCGUCAGAUUCUGGGAUUUUCUGGACGCGAUCGUACUACGCACCUUGAAGCUUCCAUAUGUGAUCAUGCAUCUCGCUGCUCACGAAAAGUUCAAGGAUCACAUUUUCGCUGCUGUUGCUUCAGGCACCAAGAAGAAGACUCACAAAUCGAAGAAAGAUUCCGCGGUUGACAAUGCCUAUGUGCUUCAAGUCUCCUUUCAACCUACCGAUGCAUCGGCCAGUCUAGCGGUCCAAGUGCCUUCCGACAUCUACCAGAUUGGAAGGGCACGCGGCCCAACGGGUCUUGGUUUCUCGCCAAGCGGCGCAUGGCUUGUAGCGACCGGCGGGCACAAAGCUUAUGUCUGUCCUACUUCGGACUUUAAGGCAGGCUUCACCAAGUUCGUGUCGCCGCAAGCAUUGACGUGCCUCGCAUUCCACCCCUCCGAAGAGUACUUCGCCACUGGUGAUGCUAUCGGGUGCAUUCGGUUAUGGUACUGUCUCAAUUCUAAUCUGCCGAAAACCUACGGCGUAGAAAAGAAGGCGCAGACCACGACGAUGCACUGGCAUGCCCAUGCGGUAUCCUCCAUCGCAUUCACUGCAAAUGGAGCAUACCUUGUAAGCGGCGGAGAGGAGGCCGUUUUAGUCAUCUGGCAAUUGCAUUCUGGUCAACGGGAAUACAUCCCACGAGUGGGUGCCCCCAUCGCGCAUGUCUCUGUCUCGAAGGCGGCAGAUGGAGAGGAAGAAUAUCUGCUCAGCUUGGUAGAUGCCUCGUUCGCAUUCGUACGCUCGGGAACGCUUAGCAUAUCACGAACGAUCUCGCGAGUGAAGCUAGAUCCGGCAACCUCCCAAAAUCAACCCUCGGCGUCUAGUCCUGCUCCGCUUGCUGUCCACUUCCUUACUUCCGCGCUGAUCCUUCCGUCGUCACAUGGUUCGACUUUGCAGGCGUUCUCACCCUCUUCUGCCAAACUUCUCUACGAGCUAGAGGUCACUCCAUCGAACAGAGUAUCGAGGCGAGACGAGAAAGCGUUAGAGCAGCCUCGUGUGCAACAUGCUGUCAUCGACGAGCUGGGUGAAUGGUUAGUGACGAUCGACUGGCGAGAGUCUGAUGAAACCUUCCGCGCGGAGUCCCAUAUGAAAAUUUGGCGAUGGCAUCAAAAAUCUGCAACCUGGACUCUCAACACAAGGGUUGACCGUCCGCACGGCCUCCACAGAGUAACUGCAGUAGCCUUUCGCCCUGUAUCAAAGGGUACAGAAUCUAUCUUUGUAACCACUGGAGAGGACGGGAACAUCAAGUCUUGGAGGGUGCAAUCGACGACACAAAAAUCAGGAGAAACUGAUAACUUCUGGGUCAGCCGGUGCACACUCAGUUCUCGUUCUGGGACCCCUUCACAUGUCUCAUGGUCAACAGACGGCUCGCUGUUCGCCGUCUCCAUGGGCCCUCACGUCGCGAUUUAUGAUGGCCAAACUAAUAUCCUGUGUCAAGUUCUAACAAGUCCAGAGUGUCCAUUGGUAGCGUCCGCUCACUUUGUUGGCUCGAGCGGUCGCUAUGUUGCUGUCGUCGGUCCUAGAGAUUUGAUACUCUGGGACUUACUCUCGCAUUCUGUGCGGUGGCAAUUCCAGAGUUCGUUGUCCAUAGAUCGGCUCGUUGCUCACCCUAGAGAAGAGUCAUUCUCGCUCUUCGAGCGGCUCGCCACUCAGGGAACUCCCUCCACAAGAGUGUUGGUUUUCCACCCGUCGUCGUCUUUGCCAGUUGCCUCAUGGACGGUCCCAUUCCAUCUCCGCAAUGUCGUCUCUCACGCCUCACUCGACCGUCUAUCAGCCAAUCCAUUAUCUUUCACCCUCGUCGGCAUAACCGAUACAUGGAGUGUCGUCGUCUUUGGCGAUGAUGUAUGCCUACCCCAAGAGGAUGGUUCUACUGCCAGAGGUAUCGGCACCGAUGGGGCUCCAGGAAAAAGGACAUUAUUCCAGGACAUCUUCGGGAAAUCGGCGUUCGCCGGCUUGACGAAUGUGCCCGCCUCCUCAUCAGUCACACUCGCUUCGGCGCAGCCCUGGAGCGGUCGCGAAGUGGCUGAGGUUUUCGACGCUCCGACAUACCUCAUGCCGCCGCUUGGUUCAUUAUUCGACAACCUGCUAGAUGGGUUCUUGACGCCUCGGCUCAGUAGUGAUGUACCCAACAGCCCAACUGCAGUGGAGCAUGUGGACGAAGACGUAGACAUGGCCGAUGAAGGCGACGACGAGCCAUUCACGGUUGAUACUCGAAUAGAACGGGUCGUAAACAAGCAAGAGAUGGAAUCCUUUAUUGGGCUGUUCAAAAACUAUGGCAUCUCAGCACCAACGCAAAUGCCCACGCAGCCCAAUGGCGUUUCAAAAACAAACGGUAUGCGCAAUCCCACAGUCAACGGUCACGCACAUACCCCAUCAUCUACACCCAAUCCCCCGAAUGCGAAGACUGUCGCACAAAAAGCCGAGAUGCCUGGCCCGACCUCUGUUGAACUUGCGCCCUCACCAAUGUCCGUGAACGGUAGGAAGCGGAAACAAUCAGCAGUAUAA